AUGACCAAAGGUCAAGAAUCUACAACUCCGGGUGCUCCUUUGAACCCAAAACCCUUUCUCACCAGUCUUGCUGGUAAAACCGUAGUCGUUAAGCUUAAAUGGGGGAUGGAAUACAAAGGAACCCUGAAAUCCUUCGAUAGCUAUAUGAAUCUUCAGCUUUCUGACCCUGAGGAAUGGGAGAACGGAGUUCUGAAGGGUAAACUUGGAAACGAUAUUCUAAUUAGGUGCAACAAUAUGCUUUAUGUACGCGAAUCUUCUGAAACUGCAACUGCUUAA